AUGGCUCAAUGCUCUAACAAGGAUAUUGACACAAGUGCAUCUCAAUUAAGUUGGUGGUACAUAGAUAUAUCUUAUCAAGAACUCCAAAAGGCAAGUUACAAAGUGAAAAACACGGAUGAAACUUUUGUUUGUCCAUACUGUCCCGAGAGAAAGCAGGAUUAUAAGUACAGGGAACUUCUUAAUCAUGCUUCUGGGGUUGGUCGAAGUAGUUCAGAAAAGAGAACUGCAAAAGAGAAGGCUAACCAUCUGGCUUUAAUGAAAUAUUUAGAAAAGGAUCUCGCUUAUCUGGAUGGCUCAUCAAAACCUGCAGACAAAGGAGAAACUGUAAUGCCUCAGUGGUCUAACAAGGAUACUGACACAUCUCAAAUAAGUUGGUGGUAUGUAGAUACAUCUUAUGAAGAACUAAAAAAGGGAAGUUACAAUGUGAAAACCUCAGAUGUGACUUUCAUUUGUCCAUACUGUCCUAGGAGAAAACAGGAUUAUUUGUACAGGGAACUUCUAGAGCAUGCUUAUAUGGUGGGUCGGAGUAGUUCUGAAAAGAAGAGUGCUAGGGAGAGAGCCAAUCAUCUUGCAUUAGUGAAAUAUUUGGAAAAUGAUCUUAUUAUUGUUGAUCGCUCAUCAGAUCCCGUUGAUAAAGGUACCAAAUUAACCUUAGGACAAUCUGAAAUGGCUCAAUGCUCAAACAAGGAGAUUGGUGUGAAUGCAUCUCCUCCAAUAAAUUGGUGGUAUGUAGAUAAGUUUUACAAAGAACUCAUAAAGGGAAAUCACUUUGUGCAAACCUCAAAUGAGACUUUUUCUUGCCCAUACUGUCCUAAAAAGAGAAAACAGGAUUAUGUGUACAGGGAACUUCUUGAACAUGCUUCUGGGGUGGGUCAGAGUAAUUCACAGAAGAGAAGUGUCAGGGAGAAAGCUACCCACCUGGCUUUAAUGAAAUAUUUGAAAAAUGAUCUCAUGCAUAUGAGUGAUCCAGUAAAAUCGGUAAAUGAAGGUAACCCCCCUGUUACCAGAGUGGAUCAUAUUAGUUCACAAGAAAGAAGUUUCAGAGAAGAUGCUAGUCAUUUGGUUUUAGCGAAAUACUUAAAAAAGGAUCUUAUGCAUGCGAGUGGUUCAUCCUCAAAACAUGUAAAUGAAGGAACCAUAAUGAUAAGCCCAGGAGAAACUGUAAUUGGUUGCUGCUCUAACAAAGAUAGCAAUAUGAGUUCAUCUCAGAUUGAGCAGUAUGUAGAUAAAUUUUAUGAAGAACUCAAAAAGGGAGGACACCAUGUGAAAACCUCAGAUCAGACUUUCACAUGUCCAUACUGCCCUAAUAAAAAGAUAAAUCGGGAGUAUGUGUACAGGGAAAUACUUGAACAUGCUUCUGGGGUGGGUCAUAGUAAAUCACAAAAAAGAAGUUUCAAUGAAAGGGCCAAUCAUCUGGCUUUAGAAAAAUAUUUGAAAAAGGAUCUCACGUAUGUGGGUGCUUCAUCUCCCUCAAGACCUAUGGAUCAAGGCACAAUAACAACCAGCCCAGUAGAAAUGGUGACGAAUCAUUAUUCUCAUAAAGAUAAUAAUAUAAGAGCAACUCAAAUAAAUGGGUGGCAUGUACAUAAAUCUUAUGAGGCACUCAAAAAUGGAAGUCACAUUGUGAAAACCUCCCAAAUGGCUUACUCAUGUCCGUACUGCCCUAAUAAAAAAAGAAAGGGAGAUUAUGUGUACAGGGAAAUCCUUGAUCAUGCUUCAGGGGUGGGUCAGAGCAGCUCACAAAAGAGAAGUGCCACUGAAAAGGCUAAUCAUCUGGCUUUAAUGAAAUAUUUGAAAAUAGAUCUUAUGGAUGUGGAUGGUACACCAAAAACUAGUACUUUUUUAUAUUCUGAGAAGCUGUUUGUGUGGCCGUGGACUGGGAUCUUGGUUAAUAUUCCUACUAAACAGACAGAAGACGGGCGUUGUGUAGGGGAAAGUGGUUCCAAACUGAGGGAUGAACACCGAAGUAGGGGAUUUAAUCCAUGUAGAGUCCGCACUCUUCCGGAUUUUUGGGGUCACUCUGGAACUGCAGUUAUGGAAUUCAAUAAAGAUUGGGUGGGCUUAGAUAAUGCUUUGGCAUUUGAAAGAGCAUACGAAUUAGAUCAUCAUGGAAAAAAAAACUGGUUUGCUAGUGCUGAGCAAAAGUCUGGUAUUUAUGCAUGGAUUGCUCGAGCUGAUGACUACAAGAUGAACAAUAUCGUUGGGGAACAACUGCGAAAGAUGGGGGAUAUUCGAACAAUAUCUGAAAUCAUGAAAGAAGAAGCUCAAAUACAGGAUAAACUUGUGUCCAGCUUGAAUAAUACUCUUCAGGUCAAGAAGAAACGGUUAAUGGAGAUGGAGGCAAUAUACAAUGAAACUUCACGUCGCAUGGAAAUUUUGAUGGGGGAAAUAGAUAAACUCACUCAAGAACACAAUCAAGAGAUGAAGAAGAUACAGUCAAGUGCAAGUCAGCACUUCCAGAAUAUUUUUAAUGGUCAUGAAAGGCUUAAGUUGCAACUGGAAUCUCAGAAAAGAGAGUUUGAGUUGCGGAGAAUUGAACUGGAAAAACGUGAAGCUCAUAAUGAAAGUGAAAGAAAGAAGUUGGAAGAUGAGAUUAUGGAGAAUGCAUUGAAAAAUAGCUCACUGGAAAUGGCUGUUCUGGAGCAACAGAAAGCUGGUGAAAAUGUUUGGAAUCUGGCUGCAGAUCAAAAGCGGCAAAAAGAACAUCUUCAUGCUAAAAUAGUCAGGCUUGAAAAACAACUGGAAGUGAAACAAAAACUAGAAUUGGAGAUUCAACAACUGAAAGGAAAAUUAAGUGUCAUGCAGUACAUCGAAGAUGAUGGAGACUCGGAAGUUCUGAAUAAGGUAGAUGUCCUACACAAAGAUUUAAGAGAAAAGGAACAGUCACUACAUGAGCUAGAUGCCCUGAACCAAACACUGAUUAUCAAAGAGCGUCAGAGUAAUGAUGAGCUACAGGAAGCUCGUAAAGAAUUGAUUAAUGGCAUUAAAGAGGUAUCUUGUCGUGCUAAUGUUGGUGUGAAGAGAAUGGGUGAGCUUGAUAUUAGACCAUUCCUUGAAGCUAUGAAGAAAAAAUACAAUGAUGAGGAUGCAGAAGAUAGAGCUUCAGAACUGUGUUCAUUGUGGGAAGAGUAUAUAAAGGACCCAGAGUGGCAUCCAUUUAAAAUUACCAUAAUUGAAGGGAAACAUAAGGAAAUCAUAGCCGAUGAAGAUGAAAAGUUGCAAGGACUGAAACAUGAGAUGGGUGAAGGAGUCUACAAAGCUGUGGUGACAGCUUUGACAGAGAUCAAUACAUAUAAUCCAAGUGGGAGGUAUACAACCUCUGAAUUAUGGAAUUUUGAAGAGCGAAGGAGAGCUACUCUGCAAGAAGGAGUAAGAUUGUUAUUGAUGCAAUGGAAACUAUCUAAACAGAAGAGGGGGAUAGUGUGA